CUGUCUCUGCAGAUCCUGGCCAACGUGAUCAUCUUCAUCUGCGGGAACCUGGCCGGAGCCUACCACAAGCACCUCAUGGAGCUUGCUCUGCAGCAGACGUAUCAGGACACGUGCAACUGCAUCAAGUCCCGGAUCAAGCUGGAAUUUGAAAAGCGCCAGCAGGAGCGUCUUCUGCUGUCCCUGCUGCCGGCCCACAUAGCGAUGGAAAUGAAAGCGGAGAUCAUCCAGAGGCUGCAGGGCCCCAAAGCUGGCCAGAUGGAAAACACAAACAACUUUCAUAACCUCUAUGUCAAGCGGCACACCAAUGUGAGUAUCUUGUAUGCGGACAUCGUGGGCUUCACGCGGCUGGCAAGUGACUGCUCCCCAGGAGAACUGGUGCACAUGCUCAAUGAGCUCUUCGGGAAGUUUGAUCAGAUCGCAAAGGAAAACGAAUGCAUGAGAAUUAAAAUUUUGGGAGACUGCUAUUACUGUGUUUCUGGACUCCCCAUAUCUCUUCCUAACCAUGCCAAGAACUGUGUAAAAAUGGGAUUGGAUAUGUGUGAAGCCAUAAAGAAAGUGAGGGAUGCCACCGGGGUCGACAUCAAUAUGCGCGUGGGAGUGCAUUCUGGGAAUGUGCUGUGUGGCGUGAUCGGCCUGCAGAAGUGGCAGUAUGAUGUGUGGUCCCAUGACGUCACCUUGGCCAACCACAUGGAAGCUGGUGGAGUCCCUGGGCGUGUUCACAUUUCCUCGGUCACCCUGGAGCACCUGAAUGGAGCUUAUAAAGUGGAGGAGGGAGAUGGUGACAUUAGGGACCCGUAUUUAAAACAGCAUCUGGUGAAAACCUAUUUCGUCAUCAACCCUAAGGGAGAGCGACGGAGUCCCCAGCAUCUCUUCAGACCUCGCCACACCCUGGAUGGAGCCAAGAUGAGGGCAUCUGUCCGCAUGACCAGGUACCUGGAGUCCUGGGGAGCAGCCAAGCCCUUCGCUCAUCUGCACCACAGAGACAGCAUGACCACAGAGAACGGCAAGAUCAGCACCACGGAUGUACCAAUGGGUCAACAUAAUUUUCAAAAUCGCACCUUAAGAACAAAGUCACAAAAGAAAAGAUUUGAAGAAGAACUGAAUGAAAGGAUGAUUCGAGCCAUCGAUGGCAUCAACGCACAGAAGCAAUGGCUCAAGUCUGAAGACAUCCAGAGAAUCUCACUACUUUUCUAUAACAAAAUCCUAGAAAAAGAAUACCGAGCCACCGCACUGCCAGCCUUCAAGUACUACGUGACUUGCGCCUGCCUCAUCUUUUUCUGCAUCUUCAUUGUGCAGAUUCUCGUGUUGCCCAAGACAUCCAUCCUGGGCAUUUCCUUCGGAGCUGCGUUCCUCUUGCUGGCCUUCAUCCUUUUCGUCUGCUUUGCUGGACAACUUCUGCAAUGCAGCAAAAAAGCCUCUGCCUCUCUCAUAUGGCUUUUGAAGUCCUCGGGCAUCAUCGCAAACCGCCCCUGGCCCCGGAUCUCCCUCACCGUUGUCACCACGGCCAUCAUACUGACCAUGGCUGUUUUCAACAUGUUUUUCUUGAGUGACUCCGACGAGGCUGUCCUUCCAGUUGCCAAUGCAUCAAACGCAAAUUUUUCCGCCUCGCCUAACCAGGCAGCGAUUCUCCGCGCACAGAAUUUAUUUUUCCUCCCGUACUUCAUAUACAGCUGCAUUUUGGGGCUAAUCUCCUGCUCCGUGUUCCUGAGGGUGAAUUACGAGCUGAAGAUGCUGAUCAUGCUGGUGGCCUUGGUGAGCUACAACACCAUCCUGCUGCACACCCACUCCCAUGUCCUGGAUGACUACAGCCAGGUCCUGUUCGAAAGGCCAGGCAUUUGGAAAGACCUGAAGACCAUGGGCUCCGUGUCUCUCUCCAUAUUCUUCAUCACACUGCUGGUCCUGGGCAGACAGAAUGAAUAUUACUGUAGGUUAGACUUCUUGUGGAAGAACAAGUUCAAAAAAGAGCGGGAGGAGAUAGAAACCAUGGAGAACCUGAACCGCGUGCUGCUGGAGAACGUGCUUCCGGCCCACGUGGCUGAGCACUUCUUGGCCAGGAGCUUGAAGAAUGAGGAUUUAUACCACCAGUCUUAUGACUGCGUCUGUGUCAUGUUUGCCUCCAUCCCGGAUUUCAAAGAAUUCUACACAGAAUCAGAUGUGAAUAAGGAGGGCUUGGAAUGCCUCCGGCUCCUGAAUGAGAUCAUUGCGGACUUUGAUGAUCUGCUGUCUAAACCAAAAUUCAGUGGUGUUGAAAAGAUCAAGACCAUCGGCAGCACAUACAUGGCAGCAACAGGUCUGAGCGCCGUGCCCAGCCAGGAGCACACCCAGGAGCCAGAGCGUCAGUACAUGCACAUAGGCACUAUGGUGGAGUUCGCCUUCGCCCUGGUGGCCAAGCUGGACGCCAUCAACAAGCACUCCUUCAAUGACUUCAAGCUGCGAGUGGGGAUGAACCACGGGCCCGUGAUAGCUGGGGUCAUCGGCGCCCAGAAGCCGCAGUACGACAUCUGGGGCAACACUGUCAAUGUGGCCAGCAGGAUGGACAGCACCGGAGUCCUGGAUAAAAUACAGGUGACUGAGGAGACGAGCCUCAUCCUCCAGACACUUGGGUACACGUGCACGUGUCGAGGCAUAAUCAACGUGAAAGGAAAGGGAGACCUGAAGACGUAUUUUGUAAACACGGAGAUGUCACGGUCCCUUUCCCAGACCAACAUGGCGUCCUGAAGAGUCACCCUCACGUGGCCAGAACACUGUCCUCUUUGGAAGAUCCCAUGCACUUUCUGACUCCACAUUUUGUCCUUCAUUUCAAUGUGUGUGCUCUGUCCCAUCCUCCAGAGCCUUUGCAGACUAGUUCCUGUGACCCAGUGGCAUACCGAUUGGUGUCUGACCUGUGCCCAGAUCCUUCGGCCACUUGCACUGUGCUGACUCCUGAGCGGAAGGAGAACGGAGCGUGUCCUGGAAGGAGCCUACCCACAGAACUGACGAAGGGGAGAGGUGAAGCAAACACAAAUUCUUAAGGCAAUAAAACUGGGGGGUGUACAUUAUCUUCUGGUGCAUGUUCUUUUCUGGAAAAUAUGGUAGCUCACCAAAUGCAUCCGCUAGUCCGAUAUCCAAACACACAGUAUUUGUGAAUAAGUUAAUUUGGUUGCCCACAUGGAGUCUGUGCCCACCCACCCUGUCUGUCAUCACCAGUGGCCACCGGCAGCUCCCAGCUGGGACCCGGGGCGUGUCACCUUGCUCUGUUGUGUCUCCUGCCAACAGCACAUUGCCAUCCAUCACCAGAGUUAGUCCUGACCACCGAGGACAGUUUUGUAUCAAACUCGUCUGAGGUUUUAAUGCCAUUUGUCUUUUGUAAGGUUAAUUCAUUAAAACUUUUAUGUACUUUG